CGUACGCAAUUGUAAUAUCGCCUUUAUUCAUACAUAAUCAAAGAUGGAUACUUUUUCAGCCCUCCCAGCUCCGAUACGCCUUUUUAUCAUCAAGUAUCUGCCAGACUUCAAUUCUCUGGAAGCUCUACUGCACUCAUCUCCGGUCAUGGCCUCCAUUUUUGAUGAAUGCGCCGCAGAGGUCAUCGAGGAGAUCGCAUCACAUUAUUUUUCUCCACAUGUCAACCAUCUGCUAGCGCAAGCCGGUUCCAUUUUUGCACCGAACAAGACCUGGAAUAGUGUUACGGACUUUCACUCAUGCCAUGCCGGUUCAAAUUCAAGCAACAUUCUUCCAGAAGGACUUCCUAUCCCGGCAUCUCGUCAUCUUGUUAUUUCCGCCAGUAACAUCGAUUAUCUUUGUCGCAGUUUUCUUCGGGCAUAUCUCGACCGUAUUCAUGCCCUAAAACCGACCCAUUUCCGACGCCCAGGAACCAGGAUGGAUCCGUACGCUGUCACGAAAUACAAUCCCGCCCUCGCCGGUCCCACAUAUAGCAUAUCUGACACUGGUCCACCAUCCUGGGUCGAAACACAGCGAGUUCUCCGCGCUCUAUGGCACCUCUUGAUUUACUACGAACUAAGAUCAAUCAUGCCUUCAUUGCAAAGCGCGCCAGGGGACGAGACGAAACUACAGGAUUUAGAUUAUCAGGAUUUUUGGAUGCAUCUUCCGGUGUGGGAGACUGACGAGAUGGAAUGUGUAAAUAAAUACAUGUUAGAGAUCGCAGAUCCCAAUUCAUUACAACUAGGGACUUCUGCUCAGCUGUCUCGUCUACCGUCUGCUCCGCCAGGAAGCGAACUCGAAAGCUCUUGGCCAACUAUGACGCCUCAGGAUGACAACAUCGGUAGUAAAUGGGGUCAAUCACAAGAAGCAACUACAAGGAAGUCUCCAGCCUCCAACAUGUUCCCAGCCUUGUGUCUCCGAGGCCCUAAUAUUCCUUCACAAAUAUUGGGAGGCGCAACAUGGGAAUCAUUUCGUCGGUUGGGCUUUGGAAUUUGGGAUCUCAAGCGGAUGUGUCGGCUCGAAAUGAUGAGUGCUCCAUUCGAUCCCCAGCGAGAUUCAACAGCUCCAUCUUUGAGAGAGACCUAUACAAUGGAUAAUCUGAAGUUUACUUGGAUGAGUAUUUUACCAAAUAAAUAAGCAACUUUUUCAGCAUUAUUGAAGUCAAUUGCAUGUCUAUUAAGCCUUUGUUGUCAGACAGGAAUUGUUCGAAUUUGAUUAUGUAUCUUUGUCAUGUCAUUGAAAAUUAUGAAAGUUAGGAUUUUAGCAUCGCUCUAUCAGGGAUGACUACUAGAAUAGCGCUUUUUUUAUAAGUUUCUAAGGAUAAAUACUGCUUGGUAC